AUGGCACAGCUGUACUACCGGCGGACCGGUAGCUCGUCAUACCGGGACCGCAUCCCGCUGAGGAUCGUGAGGGCCGAGUCGGAGCUGUCCCCACUGGAGAAGGCCUACCUUGGGGCUGUGGAGAAAGGGGACUAUGCCAGUGUCAAACAGGCCCUGGAGGAAGCAGAGAUCUACUUCAAGAUCAACAUCAACUGUAUCGACCCACUCGGCCGCACCGCACUCCUCAUCGCCAUCGAGAACGAGAACCUGGAGAUCAUCGAACUUCUGCUGAGUUUUAACGUCUAUGUCGGGGAUGCCCUGCUCCACGCUAUCCGCAAAGAGGUGGUGGGUGCUGUGGAGCUGCUGCUGAACCAUAAGAAGCCCAGCGGUGGCAUGCAGGUUCCGCCAAUCUUAUUGGACAAGCAGUUCUCUGACUUCACCCCUGACAUCACUCCCAUCAUCCUGGCGGCACACACCAACAACUAUGAGAUUAUUAAGCUGUUGGUGCAGAAAGGUGUGUCCAUGCCUCAGCCACAUGAGGUGCGCUGUAACUGUGUGGAGUGUGUUUCCAGUUCAGAUGUGGACAGUCUGAGGCACUCGCGCUCUCGCCUCAACAUCUACAAAGCCCUGUCCAGCCCCUCGCUAAUCGCCCUUUCCAGCGAGGACCCCUUCCUCACAGCCUUCAGACUGAGCUGGGAGCUACAGGAGCUCAGCAAGGUGGAGAAUGAGUUCAAGUCAGAGUAUGAGGAGCUGUCCCAUCAGUGUAAACAGUUUGCCAAAGACCUGCUGGACCAGACCCGCAGCUCCCGAGAACUGGAGAUGAUCCUGAACUACAAAGAUGACAACAACCUCCUCGAAGAAGAAGGCACCAACGACCUCGCCCGCCUCAAACUGGCUAUCAAGUACCAUCAGAAAGAGUUUGUGGCCCAGCCGAACUGCCAGCAGCUCCUGGCCUCGAGGUGGUAUGAUGAGUUCCCAGGCUGGAGGAGGCGUCAUUGGGCAGGGAAGUUCAUCACGUGCGUCUUCAUUGGUCUGCUCUUCCCGCUGUUUGCCCUGUGCUACCUCAUUGCUCCAAAGAGCCGCUAUGGACUCUUCAUCCGAAAACCCUUCAUCAAGUUCAUCUGCCACACCUCGUCCUACCUGACCUUCCUGUUCCUGCUGCUGCUGGCCUCACAGCACAUUGUCACCACGGAGCAGGACCGGCAGGACCGACAGGGUCCCCCGCCCACCACCGUGGAGUGGAUGAUCCUGCCCUGGGUCCUGGGGUUUAUCUGGGCUGAGAUCAAGCAGAUGUGGGACGGUGGAUUUCAGGACUACAUCCAUGACUGGUGGAACCUUAUGGACUUUGUCAUGAACUCUCUGUAUUUAGCCACAAUAUCCCUCAAGAUUGUAGCCUACACCAAAUACAGUGGCAGCAAACCCAGAAAUCAGUGGGAGAUGUGGCACCCGACUUUGGUGGCAGAGGCAGUGUUUGCGAUUGCUAACAUUUUCAGCUCUCUGCGGCUCAUCUCACUGUUCACAGCCAACUCACACCUGGGCCCUCUGCAGAUCUCACUGGGCAGGAUGCUGCUGGACAUCCUUAAGUUCCUCUUCAUCUACUGCCUGGUGUUACUGGCCUUUGCCAAUGGGCUGAAUCAGCUGUACUUUUACUACGAAACCAGGGCUGAAGACGAGAAGGGGAAGUGUAAAGGGAUCCGCUGUGUGCAGCAGAACAACGCCUUCUCCACUUUAUUUGAGACUCUUCAGUCCCUUUUCUGGUCUAUUUUUGGCCUCAUAAACCUCUAUGUGACAAAUGUGAAGCCUGACCACCAGUUCACAGAAUUUGUUGGGGCUACAAUGUUCGGGACUUACAACAUCAUCUCUCUGGUGGUGCUUCUGAAUAUGCUGAUCGCUAUGAUGAACAACUCCUACCAGCACAUCGCCGAUCACGCGGAUAUCGAGUGGAAGUUUGCCAGGACAAAACUGUGGAUGAGUUACUUUGAAGAAGGAGCCACUUUGCCCGCACCAUUCAACAUUAUUCCCAGCCCCAAAUCCUUCUGGUAUCUCAUGUGCUGGGCCAAGAGGCAGAUCUGCAAGAGGGCAAGAUCCAGAAGGCCGGAGAGCCUGGGGUCACUGGGGAGACGAGCAGCGGAGAACGUGCGGAUAAACCAUCAAUAUCAGGAGGUACUGAGGAAUCUGGUGAAGCGCUAUGUGGCCGCCAUGAUCAGAGACGCCAAGACAGAAGAGGGUCUGACAGAGGAGAACUUCAAGGAGCUGAAACAGGAUAUCUCGAGUUUCCGUUAUGAGGUGAUGGGGAUGAUGAAGACCGUUAAACCUGCUCUGCCUGUGGCUAAAGCCGGCUCCAGCUCCAUGGACUCCAGUCUUGCCUAUCCCAAUGCAUCUCUCAAAGUCUCCUCCCAGACCAAACCCAAAAUAAACCGCUUCAAAAUGGCAGCCUCUAUCCUUAAGCAGUGCUGUGCCGCUUCGCCAAGACCACCAGAAGCUUCAAACGGUCUACCCAAUGGACUGUUACCACUCAGUGCUGCUGAAGAUACAGGACCAAGGAAAAGUGAGUUCAGCUUGUUCCAAAAGAGACACAGGAGCAGCGAAGUGGAUGAUACAGCUAGUUCUGGAGGUGAAACUUCCAGGAAAAUGUACUCUUUAUCAGAGGAGGAUGUCGAGUCUGGGAGCUCGGAUGCAGAAGAGACUCAUUCAAAGUUAUCAGCGGACAGUAGUGUGAGCAGACCACUCCUGGAGCACUGUAACGUGGAGGAGGAGGAGACACGUAUGAGUGAACAUAUAACUGAGAGCGUAGAAGAGGAGGAUUGUGGGAAAAGUGAGGAGACAGACGACACUAUGGAAAUGACUAUAAUGUAAUGAAGCAUGUUCUGGAACAGCCUAAGCAGAUUUGUUUAAGUUUUUCUUUUUCAGUACUGUUUUUACAUGUAGCAUCAAUAAUGCUUUGGUUUACCGGAACC